AUGUGGAGAUCAAAAAGCAUUAAGUUGCUCUCUUUGUUCAUAUGGUUACUUUUCAUACCUUAUUUUCCCGUGAAUGCUGAGCUUGCUGAAUGGAGUGGAACAAGUUCUAGGAAAGGUGAAAUUGAAAGAGAAUCGUUAGUAUGGCAACAGAAAGCAGCCGGAGACGAAGAUCUAUCGAGAAGUACAUUUACUGCUUAUCCUACAGCAUUCAAAAAAAAUAAUCUACAGCGUGGCACAACCUUUCGAAAUGACCCUGCAACGAAAUCAUCCUUCGCUUUAUCAAGGAAAAAUGGGGCUUUUGUGACCCCUUCCAAGUUUGAAAAGGUGUCAAAGAAAACGGCGUUGAAACCUGAAAGCUUAAUGCUGGAACAAUCCCAGAAGUCUGCAGUUUCAAUAAACUAUAGCGCGCGCGAUCUAGAUGAAUUAGAGUUAUCACAGUUGCUCAUCGUCACGGAUAUAGAGGGUGGAGUUCACGCCUUAAAAAGACACACAGGUGAAUCCAUUUGGUCCAUAGAGGGUCCUAAGUUUCCUCCUUUAAUAAACGUCGAGGAGCCUGCCAACCUUACGAAUGAAACUUUAAUCGUUGAACCAUACGGUGAUGGCAAUAUUUACUACUUUAAUCUAUUCCAAGGACUCCAAAAACUGCCAAUAUCUAUCAAGCAAUUGGUAAAUGCUUCACCCUUAGACUUGAAGACUAAUAUUGCUGUGGAUAAUUCUGGAAAUACUAUAGAGGAUGAAAAGAUCUAUACAGGUGCAAGAAAGACAGCAGUGUUCACUAUUGACAUCGUUACUGGAGAAAUUAUUUCAGUGUUUGGUCCAGGUACAGAAAAUAAAGUAUUCAAAAGGAUGGAUAUAAAUUGCACGAAUUCUUUUGAUAAUAUAGCAUGCGAAAACGUUGUUGUUCUGGGUAAAACAUCAUACGAGCUUGGAAUUCAUUCGAAAGAUGGUACAGUGUACAAUGUUACAUAUAGUACAUGGCAGCAGAAUUCACUGGAUAAUAAUUUGGCUAUGAAAAACGUAAAAUCACAGGAUGGAAUGUACAUUGCUCCUUUCCGUGAUAAAUCGCUUUUAGCAAUUGAUACCGAUUUUCAAAUGGCCAAAUGGAUGUCUUCCCAGUUUUCAGGAGCUAUUAACAAUGUGUUCGAUGUCUACGUGGAUAGGAAAACUAAUGAGAAAAUCUUACUUCCUCAUCCGCUUAAAAUCGAGAACUCGCGCUUUGAGAAUGACAAAGUAUAUGUGGAUCAAACUGAAGAUAAAUGUUGGUUUGCUAUGUCCAGCGAAUAUUAUCCUUCAUUAGUAGAUUCUGCAGCUAUUUCCAAGUACAGCCUUUAUGAGGAAUGGAGAACGUCCAAUUUAGUAAAUGACAAAACUUUAUUUCGAACAGCAAUUGUUGGAGUGCAUGAAUUACAAAGUUUACAAUACGAACAGGUUCCCAAGUAUGAUGACGAUUACAACUAUUAUUCUUUGCCGGAAAACCCUAAACUGUUAAUUGGCGGCUCUAUGUAUGGCGAAAAGGAACAGGGAAAUGAGGUGAUAAUAAAAAAAGAGCCUUCAAAAGCACUGGAAAGGUAUGUGUCUCCAGAAGAUUUAUUUGCUUACCGCCUCAGGAUGCAAGAAGAAAUUGCCAGAGAUAUUUUGAGCAAAAAUCAUGAUACUAUUGGGUAUAUGUUUGCGAGAUUCAUUUAUCGAAUAAUUGAAGGCGGAUUGAUGUUGGUUUUUUCGUUUUUUGUUCUAGUCACUCUAUCCAAACUUAAGAUUAUACCUCCCUUGUAUUUCCUACUUGAAAAGACGGGCGUUACCCAGAAGAGUGAUUUGAAAACGGCUCCAAUUGAAAUUACCGAGAAUGUGAGUAUUGAAAAGACGGCAUCUGGUACAGAAAAACAUGUCUCAAUCCAAGAGCCCGAGUUCAUGAAUGUAAAUGAGCAUAAAGAUGAAUCUACGUCAGAAAAAAGGAGACGCAAGAGAGGCUCUCGAGGUGGUAAGAAAAACAAGAAAAAGGUAAUUCCACCAGCCGGUAAAGAAUUCGUAGAUGUUAAGGAGUCCGAAUUAGAAAAUGAUUUAAAGCAUUUGGCAAUAUCGGAAAAGGUGUUAGGAUACGGGUCUUCAGGAACCGUUGUAUUCCAGGGAAGCUUUCAGGAAAGACCUGUCGCUGUCAAGCGAAUGCUAAUCGAAUUUUAUGACAUUGCCUCUAGAGAAAUCCGUUUGCUUACAGAAAGCGAUCAUCAUCCAAAUGUGAUAAGAUAUUACUGCUCCGAAGUGACUGAGAAGUUUCUUUACAUUGCGUUGGAGCUUUGCACAUCGACCUUAGAUGAUCUCAUUGAACUAAAGAGUGACUCCGAGAAAUUACACGAGUUACGAAAAAACCUGGACCCAAUCAAUAUUCUAUAUCAGACAGCGCUAGGUGUUGCUCAUUUACAUUCGAUGAAAAUCAUUCAUCGUGAUUUAAAACCACAGAAUAUUUUGAUUGCACCAUCUUUGAACUAUUCACAACAUAUUUCAGAUAAAUCCCUGCCGGUUAGGGUACUAAUUUCAGAUUUCGGUCUAUGUAAGAAACUAGAAGCAGGGCAAUCUUCUUUUCGGACCAACAUCAACAAUGCAUCGGGAACCAGUGGUUGGAGAGCUCCAGAACUCCUUGAUGAAAAUUUCUCAGAACCUGAUUACAUCAGUGAUUCGGAUAACACAGAAGGGAGUUGGAAAACCACCGAUUCCCCAUUGUUUAUUGACCCAUUGAAUAAAAAACGCUUGACCAGAGCUAUAGAUAUCUUUUCCUUGGGAUGCAUAUUUUAUUAUGUCUUAUCGAAAGGCAAACAUCCCUUUGGAGAACGUUUUAUGAGAGAAGGUAAUGUUAUUAGGGGUGACUUCUCUUUAAGUGAUCUUGACAACUCUCUCAAUGAUAGAUAUUUGGUUAUCGAGGCAAAAAAUCUCAUUUCCCAAAUGAUAUGCCAUGACCCUCGCAAGAGGCCAUUUGCUUCACAAAUUUUAAAGCAUCCGCUUUUUUGGUCCAUCCCGAAGAAACUGGACUUCUUGCUGAAGGUUAGUGAUCGUUUCGAAGUCGAGAGACGCGAUCCACCUAGCGACCUUUUAUUGAAGUUAGAAGAUGCAUCCAUUCGUGUGAUACCUAAUCAGGACUGGACUGUGAAGUUUGAUGGAGUUUUCAUGAAUAAUCUCGGAAAAUACAGGAAAUAUAGUGGUUCAAAGCUCAUGGAUUUACUAAGGGCUCUCAGGAAUAAAUACCAUCAUUUCAUGGACCUUCCGAACGAACUGUCUGAGGUAAUGGGACCCAUACCGAAUGGUUUUUACCUGUAUUUCAUCAGAAGAUUUCCAAAUCUACUGCUUGAAAUUUAUCGUGUGGUUGAGGAGAAUUUGAAGGAUGAUCAGAUUCUGGCUGAUUUUUUUUGA